GCUCUAAGAGCAAAUGAGGAAAAUAAUGAGAGGCGUGAUGUCAAGGACUUAUCUAGAGAUGUGAGUUUACUUAGUAAACCCCCCACCUCUUCUGUAACUCAGGACAAAGAAUCUCGAUCACAUAAGAAGAAACUAGAAGCAGAAAAUAUCGUGCAGGAUGUAUUUGAUUUUACCAUAGAUGGGUCCAAGAAAAAACAGCUGGAAAGUACUUCGCACAUGAUGGAAAUUUCGCUUAUGGGCUGUAAGGAAAAUAAUUACCAAGAAAAGAUAGAGCCCCAGGGAGUUAUCAAGUUUAGACGACUGAAUAAUAGUAUAGGUGAAAUUAUGAUCAAAGAAAAGGUGGGUCCAGGAAGAUUUAUGAAUGAUCAAAAAGGCUUUAAUAUCGAUUCUGAAGAAAAGAUUUCGGAUGAUCAGACAGAUGCAUUGAAGGUGGUUUCAGCUGAGUGA